UGGCACACCCCGCCCGGCCCGCGGGCAUCUGCUGCGCGUCCCGCCCCCGGCUCAGAGGCCCUGCCGCCGGCGCUGCCUCGAUGUUUCAGUUGCCCAUCUUGAAUUUCAGCCCCCAGCAAGUGGCCGGGGUAUGCGAGACCCUGGAGGAGAGCGGCGAUGUGGAGCGCCUGGGUCGCUUCCUGUGGUCGCUGCCCGUGGCCCCAGCGGCCUGUGAGGCCCUCAACAAGAAUGAGUCGGUGCUGCGCGCCAGAGCCAUCGUGGCCUUUCACGGGGGCAACUACCGUGAGCUGUACCAUAUCUUGGAAAACCAUAAGUUUACUAAGGAAUCACACGCCAAGCUGCAGGCACUGUGGCUCGAAGCACAUUACCAGGAGGCCGAGAAGCUGCGUGGGCGGCCCCUGGGGCCGGUGGACAAGUAUCGGGUAAGGAAGAAGUUCCCGCUGCCGAGGACCAUUUGGGAUGGAGAACAGAAGACACACUGCUUCAAGGAGCGCACGCGACACCUGCUCCGGGAGUGGUACCUGCAGGACCCAUACCCCAACCCCAGCAAAAAGCGUGAGCUCGCCCAGGCAACCGGACUGACCCCUACGCAGGUGGGCAACUGGUUCAAAAAUCGCCGACAAAGAGAUCGGGCGGCUGCAGCCAAAAACAGACUCCAGCAGCAGGUUCUGUCGCAGGGCUCCGGACGAGGGCUGGGCGCCGAGGGUGAGGGCACACCGGAGGUGUUGGGUGUCGCCUCCAGCCCGGCCGCCAGUCUAUCAAGCAAAGCAGCCACUUCGGCCAUCUCCAUCACCUCCAGCGACAGCGAAUGCGACAUCUGAGCUGUCCAUCCAUCACUCUUAGAAACAGAAUCCAGUGUAAAAAUGAAAUACACAAAAGAAAGAGAGAAUGAGAGACCAGCAAAUCCAGCGCUAGCAGAAGCCAGGUGGCCAGGGACCCGCGGGACUGAGUGGCUGUGU